AUGAGAUUGAAACUCGCUGAGGAAGACGUAGAUCUAGCCGCUACAUGCGGGAUCACGAACGUUGAUCCCAACACCAUAGACGAUUAUUAUAACGGCGAAAAGAUAGUUGUCAAACGUACCGUGGCAACGUCAUCUUCGCAAGAGGAGGAGUCGCGUGUCAGCGACUCUGAGAUUCUUCGCAAAUACGACUUUGACGCUGACCAAUCAACCUCCAGCUCAGGUGCGUGUCGUGAGCCGGAGACCAGCACUAUGGAUUCCGAUCGCGACGAUGAAGCAAUAAGCGAGGUUACCAGAUUGCUGAGACGAAGUUUCCAUUCAAUCGCGUCGUCGGAUACAUUAUCAGGCGGGCCGUCUCUCGCAGACGGUUUCACGACACCAAUUGUUACGAGCUUAGGUGUUACGCCGUUGAAACGCGCCGCGUCGAUGGACAUUGACGAGGAAGAGAGCGAAACUCUAACUAAAAAAAAUUUGGACCACGUUCGGAAAUGGUUCAGUGAGUUGCAGUCGCUGGAAUCUGUCGAUCCAGUACCGUACUCCUGCAACACUCCGAUGGCAAUAGAGGCGGAUACCAAUGCGUCUUCUGGAGAUAUUAGUAUUCAAUGUGCAUCGGGUGGCAUAUCGAACAUUAAUAAUCUCCCAGCAGCAUCGAUAUCUGCCUCUAGCGACAAUGAUGUUCGUCCAUCAUCUUCGGGGAUGGACAAAAAAUCCAGGCGUAUUGUGGAAGUAUUAGAAGAAGGCAGUGAAUUUGACUCGGACUUUGAUGACGAGUACAACAUUGAUGAAUUCGCUGUCUCCGCUGGUGCUGGUCGAGACAUUCCGGAAGACGACGAGCUAAAUGAACCUGAGCGUAACAUAGUAAAUACUGUAUCAAAAGCAAUGGAUGAAGCUAUCGAUCGUCAGGUUACCGUGUCGACCGAUUUCGUCUGGCAAAGUAACUUUGAUACGUUCGGUGGUGUACCCGAAGAGUUUUCGGGUCCCACCCCCGGACCUAUCACUGAUUAUGAUACGCCCUAUGAAGCUUUUACGGAUAUUUGA